CCUGGCAACAAGAUAUAAAUAUCAGAGCUUCUCUUCAAGAUAUUUUUUUAAAACUAUCUGUGGCCUUUGCUAAAGGUUCUUUCCCAUCACUACUCCCUGAUGGAACAAUUGAUUUUGAUGAAUCUAAACCUCAACCACAACCUAUUGAAUUUUAA